AUGGUUCCGAAAAUUAACGUCAAAAUACUGUUGAUCGUAAUAGUUUGUACAUUUGUAAUAAACUCAGUUGAUUCCUGUGACCGCCGACGCAAAAGCUACCACGUGUACUACGACCGGUACGUGGACUUUCUGGGAGCAUGGAGCGCCUGUCACAGUUUUGGCCAACGGUUGGCCACCAUUACUUCGGAGGACGACGCCCGGUUGCUGAAGCAGGCCAUUGCCAAAACGGCCCGAACGUCGAUCUUCUACGUCGCUGGGUACGAUACGGGAUAUAAUGGGAAGUGGGUGUGGUUUCCGUCGAAUACGGAGAUCACUGGAUACUCGAACUGGUACACGGGACUGCCGGAUCUUCACGGCGAACGAUGUCUGGAGAUUGGCCGGUUCGGGGGAAUUACUUGGAACGAUAUCAGCUGUUGCACGCAUUUGCAUUACAUUUGCGAAGAGGUGGAAAAUUUGUGCGGAAAUGAUGAAGAAGUUUAG